GCCCAUUUCAGUUCUACUAAUACGUUUGUUCUUUUUGACUUGCCCUAAUUUGAGUUAGAGAGGCGCGACCAUCGUUUGUUGGUUCGACGAGCUUGUUGUUCCGAUGAAGACGGUCACCGGAAGAGUUAACUGUUCAGAGCCAAUCUCUCUGUCUAAGGCAACUACGCUUCUCUCUGGAUUCGUUUCCUCCGAGAACGGUGCCUCUCGAGACGUAAGCGCGUAUCUUCGACGAGCCUCUGGAGCCUUUACCGAAUUAAAGAGCUUCCACAGGGAGAUUAAAUCGAAGCUAAGAUCCAAUAAGAAGAGGAAGAGCGAUGGGGAGAGGAAGAGCAAGAAGAAGAGGAAAUCUAAAGAGAACGAUGCUUGACGUUUUGGUUAGUUUUUGUAGUGAUAAAAAAUUAAGUAAGCUUUCAAAAUUUUGGGUAUGUAAGCUAAAGAUGUCACUUGGUGCNUUUAAAAAAAAAAAAAAAAAAAAAAAAAGAUGUCACUUGUGAGAAAGAUAUGAUUUUUGUAGUUUGAUACUAU